UAAGAUGCAAAAAAACAAGAAAAAAAUAUUCUGAACCAAUGGAUUGCAGACACAGUACAGGAGAUGACCAGAGACUGCUGACACAGUACAGGAGAUGACCAGAGACUGCGGACAGUACAGGAGAUGACCAGAGACUGGAGACAGUACAGGAAAUGACUGCUGACCUUUGGGGAGGGAGGGGGAGCAGGUACCUGAAUUUGACAGGUACCCGCUCCCACUUCCGCGGAGUUGUCCUCCCUUUAGUGACAGCCGGGUGCCCAGUGCGCAUGCGCGAGAAGCGCUGCGCUUUGUGAUUGGUCCGGCGUCUUCCGGG